ACAAAAAAUGAAGCUGAUGCCAUUUUUACUGCUGGUUCUACACUCUCGUCACUCUUAUUCUCUUCAAAAUAAGUGGAUACAUUUCUACAGAAUUUCGGUACGUUCGUCCAACGUGUGUAUUCAUUAUCCUCUGCCUCUUCUCUCAAAAGCUAUUUCUAUCCGACAGUGCUAAAAAUAAAAAUUCACAAAUUUACUCGAGGAAAAAAAAGAACGACUACAACAACAACAAAAAAAUGAAAAGGAAAGAAUAUUUAUCUUCGUUUCGAUGAAGAGCGAAGUUUCAAGAAGUUGAAAAUACCCGAAACGAGAUGCAUAUGUGUGUUUGUUAUGUAGACUUCGGAAUCAAUCUUUCUUACACUUGACAAGAAUUGAGAGAGCAAGAGAGUGAGAGCGGGAGCGAGAGAGAGAGCGUGCACAGAGAAAGUUCAAUUUCAUGUGACGUGACGUGACUUGGCUUCGGCGCACACAAAGUGGUGGUUGGUUGUUUGAUUGCAAUUGAAGAUCACUCAUCGAUCAAAAGAAUAGCCUGAGAUUUCUUACGCAAUUCGACCGACAAGCGUUUGUUGCGCACAUCACGACUAUGAUGAUGAUGAUGAUGUUAUGCAGCAGUAGUGGUAGUUGUAGCAGCAGCAGCAGCAUCCAAAUCAUCACGUGGAAUGCAUGUCAUAAAUGACAUUAUUAUCGAGUUAAAUCCGCUCACAAUAUGUGAACGUGUGUCUGGGUGUCUUCGUCGUCGAUCUUGGCUGUUUUAAAUUCGCUGCUUGAAUUUUCCAUUUGGCUUUUGCACCGCCACGAUUCACAUUUUGUCAGUCUCUAAUAAUAUAAUCUACGACGGGAUGGUAUCAUACACACACGUUCUAUAUUGAAUGUUUUAUUUCAGUUCUUUUCUCUUUUGUUGACGAUGUCUCUUCGUAGUUUGUUGUGUGUUUUUUUUUCUGUCGCUCUCUUCUCAUCGUCUUCGUCGUUGUCGUGAACCUGUCGUUGUGCAAAUACUUUUAUGCUCCAAAGUCUCGCGUUCACUCGCUUGCUUCGAUCGGUGACAUUUCUUGUGGCUUUUUUAGCCAGUGCAUAUGAUAAUUGUGCUGUUGCUGUUGAUGAUGCGGCUGCUAUCGGCCACUACCGAAAUAAAACUGUUACAAAUCAAGCGAAUAACACUCGAGACAGUGCAUACGGCUACACCGGGCAGACAGAAAGAGAAAGAGAGAAAGUCAAAUGGAUUUGAAGAACGUGGUCGAUAAUAAACAGAAAAGAAAUGAGCGAUGAACAAACUGAGAAAAAAAAAUAGCAACACAAACACACGAGACCGAUAGAAAGAGAACCUGUCACAACGAAUAGGGUCAAGAGAAAUGAAACAAGAUCCGAGAUUCUGUCGUUGUCGUCGCGCGAAAGAAAGAAGUGAAAAAAAAAAUCACAAGUAGAGGCGAACUAACGUGCGAGCGAUAUACAACACAAUAUUGUGUGGAAAUAAACAUUAGGAAAGCGUAGAUGCGCGCAACACGAGAGAGCGGAAAAAAAUACACAUUCAUCGCCGUUGUCGAUGUCGUUGUUGUUGUCGUCGUCGUCGGGAAGAUUUUGUAGUGCCUAAAUUUAGAGUGUUACAAAUUGGCAGAUAACCAUACCAAAACAACACAUUGGACUGAAGAAAAAAAAAACCAGAUCAGAUAAAAGAUCAAAAAAAAAAGAAACACUGAAAAUAUCAACGAAAGAAAAGACUGUGCUGAAAGAAAAGAAACAAAAACAAAACACACAAACACAGAGAAAUUCAAUCAAAAUGUCCUUUCGGAUAGUGCGGAGCUCAAAAUUUCGACAUGUUUACGGUACGGCAUUAAAGCGUGAACAAUGUUACGAUAAUAUUCGGGUAUCGAAAAGUAGCUGGGACUCAACAUUUUGUGCAGUUAACCCGAAAUUCUUGGCCAUUAUCGUUGAAUCAGCGGGCGGCGGUGCUUUUAUCGUUCUUCCACACAACAAGGUUGGACGUAUAAAUCCAGAUCAUCCAUUGGUUGGUGGCCAUAAAGGACCUGUGCUAGAUAUUGCUUGGUGCCCGCACAAUGACAACGUCAUUGCGUCUGGAUCAGAAGACUGUGUGGUGAAAGUGUGGCAAAUUCCUGAUGGAGGUCUCGUUCGCACAAUCACCGAACCCGUUGUUGAUUUGCUUUAUCAUCAGCGACGUGUUGGCAUCGUGUUGUGGCAUCCGACAGCAUUGAAUGUUUUGCUCACAGCCGGUUCGGAUAAUCAGGCCGUUAUCUGGAAUGUGGGCACUGGUGAAUCGCUAGUCAAAAUCGAUUGUCAUCCGGAUCAGAUUUACAGUGCAUGCUGGGAUUGGAACGGUGCCAAAUUGGUGACCACGUGCAAAGAUAAGAAAAUCCGUUUGAUCAAUCCACGCACAGGUGAAGUUGAAAGUGAAGCCUACUGUCAUGAGGGAUCAAAAGCAACACAAGCCAUCUUCUUGCGACAUGGACUCAUCUUCACCACCGGUUUCAAUCGAUCAUCGGAACGUCAAUAUUCGCUUCGAGCGCCGGAUGCUCUCAACGAUCCAAUCGUAAUGGUUGAAUUGGACACAUCAAACGGUGUUAUGUUCCCUCUUUACGAUCCGGACACAAAUCUAGUUUUCUUAUGUGGAAAAGGUGAUUCGGUGAUCAGAUAUUUUGAGGUUACACCAGAAGCACCGUUUGUUCACUUCAUUAACACAUAUCAGUCACCAGAUCCGCAACGCGGUAUAGGAAUGAUGCCAAAACGAGGUUGUGAUGUAAACACCUGCGAAAUUGCCAAGUUUUAUCGACUGAAUAACAAUGGAUUGUGUCAGGUGGUUUCAAUGACGGUGCCGCGAAGGUCGGAACUCUUCCAAGAGGAUUUGUAUCCGGAUACAUUGUCUGAUGAGCAUGCCACUACCGCCGAAGAAUGGAUCGAAGGAACUGAUGCCGAACCAAUUUUGGUUUCACUUAAAGAUCGUUCUUUAAUGGUACAGGGUGGGUAUGUGUCACCAUCAAGCGCAAAAACGUUGACCGUUAACAGGAAAGAGAAUGCGCUGAACAAGAUACCGCCACGCGGUCCCAAAGGCAGUGCCACAAACAAUUCAAACGCAACCAACAACAAUAACAACACUUCAAUAGCAUCCAGUAUUGAUGAAAGCCAACUGAAAGAAUUAACGGAUGAAUUAAAAAAGCAAACCGAAGAGAUGCGCAAACUGAAAGCCAUCAUUGUAAAGCAUGAGAAUCGAAUCCGUAGCUUAGAGGCGGCACAAAAGGCGCGCGAAGAUGAUGCUCUAGAUGUAAUUUUACAGAACAACGAUUCGGGAUCGAAGCGAGAGUCAAGUGUCAACCUAGCACCAGAUGAAGUGUAAAAAUAAUGUUAUGUGUGUGGUGUGCAUGCGUGCGUGCGUGCGUGUGUAUUGAUCGUUGGCACAAUGCCAAAAAUGUCGGCAGACCCCUCUCUAAUUUGUAACUGCAAUAAUGCAAAUGUGUUUUUUUUUUUAAAUCUGAUAAUUAAUUAAUUUAAUCGAAGUUUUCAAAGCAAAGAGAAAAAGAAAUAGCUAUAGUUAAUUACAAACGAAACGAAACAAAGCAAACAAAAAAAAAUGGAAAUAAUAUGGCUGGAACUAUUUAAACAACACAAAUGCAAAAAAUCGACAAAGGAUUUUCUUUCUGUAAAAGUGUUUUCAACACAAACAACGGAAAAAAACAAAAAAUGAAGAAAGAAAAAAACAACCUCGAAUGGAAUCUAUAUAAAUAAUUUGUAUAAAAGGAUGUUUAAUUUAAAAUUUGUAUAGAGCAACCAGAGAGAGAUAGAGAGAGAUAGAGAAGGCAUAAGAAAUCCUCAACUUUAUUUUAAGCACAUUUUUUUUUUGACUUAGUCAAUCGAAUCGCUAGGCUUUGCGCAUUCACACCAUUUAUCUUUUCUCUUCUCUGUAUUUCCGUUUCUUUUUUCCUUCAUUUCUACUACUUGCUAAUGCCCGUACUCAAUUUCAUCGGUUUGUCUGUUUUUUUUUCAAAAGAAAAAACGAAAUCACUAUCAUGCUGUUUCUUCAAUUCUUUCUCAACUUCAUCUGCUUCAUUUGUUUCAUGUACAUAAUUUACGCAUAGGCAUUGUUUUGUUCGUUGUACUUGCUCCGGGUAUCGUAGAGUGAAAGAGUCGGUGAGCCGCCUUUCAAUGUUCAAUUUGAACGUUAAAGAGCAACGAUUUUUAUUUUGAUAGAUUUAGGGAAACAAACGUUUUUAUUUUGUCAAGCAUAAAAUCAUUUUUUUUUCUGUUUCAAUGGAGAGAAAGAAGGAAAUUCAGUGUAGAAGAAAAGAGAGAGAAAAAAAAUGAAGCAAAUGUAAAAACACGCAACGAUUACAACGAAAAAUGUUAAUUAAAUAUAGAUUCUGUUCAAUUCGAGCAUCAGUCUCAAAUAUGACAAAAAGCUACGCAAAUCAAAGAUGACACGAUAAGAAUUUUAACAAUAGCAAUUUAUUAUUGACUUGAUGGUAUGACUUUUUUUUUGUAAUUUAAAGAAUUUUUUUUUUCGUAUCGUUUUUUCUUUUGUACUUUUGUUUUAGUGCCAUUACAAUCUAAUUUUAUUAACAUCUUUUUUUAACGCGAGAUAUAAAUAUUGAUGAUGAUGAUGAUAUUGAACGCGAAAAUAUGAUGAGAACGAACGCCAUUGGGUUCGAAUAUUUGAAAGUCUUGCAUUUUUUCUUUAAGUGUCGAUGCUCAAAUUUUUUUUUUUUUAAUUUUUAUUCAAAUGUUAUUUAAAAACAACAAAAAAAAAUGCCUUCACAUUGUGUAUCAAACUGAAGAAGAGAGAAUAAAUUUUUCUAAACGAAAUGUUGUUGACAAAUCAAAAUAAAAUCACAGAUUAAAAAAAAAUACAAAACAAACUCGAAA